AUGUCAUCCUCUAGUCUCACAUCUUACCUUGCACUUUGGCGUGAAAUUAUCUGUAAACCUCCAGAGGGAACUCACCCCGUGAACCAACAUCUCGACUUUAUUCGAAAUCGUUUCAACGAGCUCGAAGCCAAAGGGUUCAUCUGGUCAAAAGAAUCAAUUCUUGAUAUCUUUCUUCAACUCGCCCAACCAAAAAGCCUACAUGAACCUGGGCCUUUCUCAUCUAUCGACACAGUCGACAAAUCUCGCUGUUCAUCUGAUGAAAUUGAAGAAGUUCUUCAAAGUGAAGAAAUCCUACACAAUGCUCAUCCCCUAGGUCUUAUGGAUAUACCUAUCGAGAUCUUUGGAAAAAUACUCGAAACACUUGAUUGUAUUGCUAAACUUGAAGCUAAAGAACUAACAGAAAAGAAAAAGAAACGGAAGGUCGUCAUUACAGGCCCAGGUGAUCGGGAGCCAUAUUACAGAUACUUAUACCAAGACCCGCCAAUCCUGAAUAGUAUACAAAGCUUCUCACUUACUUCGCGUGAAAUUUAUAAACGUUGUCAACUAUUGCUAUGGCGAAAACUACAGUUUCCAACUAGUCUUCCAGCUCCGAUAGACCAAUGGACAAAGGACAUCCUCUUCAAACAAGGCCAACAUGUCCGAUACCUAUCCAUUGGACUCUCUGAAAACUGCAGUGUACCUCCUGAUGAAUUCGUAGAAAUCGAUCCUUUCUACGAUAACCUUACACCUUAUAAGGAUAAAUAUCAUCAUGUAGCAUGGAUCUCACAAAAAAAUGCAAAAGCAUUAAUCAAUGGAUGUCCUAACGUUUCUGAGGUAGAUAUCGAAUACGAAUACCUUGCAAAACCUGAAAACGUGGGUGGAACGGAAAUCUUUUUAUUAGAACUUGUUCCAAUAUUAUCAAACCUUAAACAACUUCGACAUUUGAAAUUGAAGGAUGGAUAUCAAAAGACUAUCAUGAACGAAUUUCCAUCCAAAAUCAUUGGUAGUUUACCUUUACUCGAAUCAUUAACAAUGGGUGGACUUACAGCACCUGGAAAUCAGCGAACAACAGGCGAAAAUUCUUUCGGGUCCAAUUUAUCAAAGCUUAGAUAUUUAUCAAAAUUAGAGUUAUGGAGAAUUGAAGAUAUAGAUGAAGAUUGGUGUCUUUAUAAUUGGCCAAAAACUAUCACGACUCUUGAUCUCCACGAAUGUGGUGAUUUAUCUCUAAGUUCAGCAUAUAAAAUCAUUCAUCAUAUUGCUCCUUAUUUAACAGUGCUCAGGCUUGGAUUCGCCUAUGAGAGAGGUGGAGAGAUCAAGGAAAUCGAUUCCAGAUGGGAUCCUCAAACUCGUUUCUCUCUUCCGAAUCUGACCGACUUAGAGCUCUGUACUGGCGAUGCAAACUUACUGGACAGCUUUGAAGAAUGUAACACUCUGAACUCUCUUCAUUGGUGUUACAUGACAUCAGAACAUUGUAGGGCACUCAGUAGGACUCUGUUCAAAGCUACUUGGCCUCAGCUCAAAAAGCUGGAUGUAGCUCCAUGGAUGUUUUUAAACGGUUCGGAUCUUGGUACUCAAUCUCAGGAACUUGAGGAUCAAUUUCUUGCGUUAGAAAAGUAUUGCAAGGAGGCUAUACCCAAUCCCAAAAAGCCAAUUAUAAUCGUAACAUGGGCCAAUUAA